AUGUUUCCUCAUCAACAUCAAAACGGCCAGCACAACAUUGGGUUGUUGGAUUUUCUGUCGUUAUUGACCAGUAGUAGUGGUAAUCAUAGUGUGGUUGGGAAUAAUGGCAACAAUAACAUCCAUCAUCAUAAUACAUUCGUGACGAAUACUAGUAGUGGCGAUUUGUCUUUUGCGCACCAUCAUCCCAUCAUCACAACUGGCCAUUUAGAUACAAAUCCAAACUGCUCAACAAGUCAUCAAAAUAAUCUUCAUCAGCAACAGGAAAGUAAUAGUAAUGGUUCGGGUUCGGGUGUAAAUAGUCAAAAUAAGGAUUUACAUUUCAAACCAUAUGUUAAGGAAAUUAGAUUUGAGGAGCAAACAUUCAGUUCAAUUUCAUGCAAAUACUGUAGAAGAAAUCAUCGUAAAUGCACUAGAAAUCUUCCUUCCUGCUCUAAUUGCUCAAAGAGAGGAAUUAAAUGUGAAUAUGAAAGAAAGAAUGGAGGUAAAACAAUAUCUGAUCCCCCAGUUGUCUCUAUUCAAAAUCCAACUAUUAAUGAUACAUCUAAUGCAAUUCACGCAAAUAAGAAAAACAUUCUUGGGUUUUAUUCACUCCAAAUGUAUGAGAUAAUCCCAAAAGGUUUGUUUGGGCAUUUGAUUGAGAACUUGGAUGAGGCUGGGAAUGAUUUUAAGGCUGUUGUAUUUUCGUUACAAGCAUGGAGAGAGCUGCGCCUAGGUUCAAAAGAGUAUGCAGAAAUUUGUUUUCAGCACGCAAAACUUUUAUUGGCACCCUACAUGGACUGUUUUACCAAUACAUAUGCUGGUAUGGCAUUGUUGAAUUUGUCGUUUGUUUGCCAAGGAAGGAGGAAGUAUAAGGAACAAUCUAUGUAUUUAGAUAUUGUAAGAUAUUUUGUAAGUGAGGUUAUUGAGUACGAGUCUAGAAAUAACCCAUCCACCCCUGAGAUGAAAAAUUUAGUCAAGUGGGACAUUAAUCUCAGAGCAAGUCUUGAGUUUCUUCUGGCUGCUGAAAAGAACGGACCAAUAAGUAUUGUACAAAAUUUUCCCAAUGUUAUCAAGACAUGUAUGGGGUUUGAUAUAAGGAAUAUGGGAUUUUUGGAAAUGUCAAUGGAUAAGACAAAAAUUAAUGAUGUAUUUAAUGUAUUGGAUGCAAUUCUAAGGCCAUUUACUCAAAAAAAGCUAUGUCCUGAGCACGAUAAUCCACAACAUCCAGUAGUUCAACUCAUUUCAACUUUUAUUGACAUUCUUCAUAAUGGGUUGAAACUUGCUCUUAUGGUAACCAUAGACAACACUCAAAUAGAUGAGAUUUGGAAUUUAUCUACAAUUAUCACCAAGGCUGCUAAAACUCCCUUUUUCCCUUAUGUCCCCUUAUUUACUGUCCCUUUUGUGGAUCUCGCAAUUUCUGAACAUGCUAGGUUGGCACCUAUUUAUUUGAGGAAUUCUGUUAAUAUCGAGAAAGCAAUUAUUCUGAUGGAGGAUAUGGAAGUUAUUACUUCAUUAAAUACCAAACUAGAACGAAUAGAUGACUAUUAUCAAAAUUUACAAAAAAAGGUUCAAGCCUCAAUACAGCAACACCAUUAAUAUUU